AUGUUGCCAUUAUACACCGUGGAGUAUGAUCCAAUGAGUGUGAUGCACUUUCACGAUAGAGCUUAUAGCGUAAAUGGCCACGCCACUAUUGUUCCCUUGAUAUCUGGUCUCUCAAUAAACCCUUCUGAAGAUUUGUCUCUAUUGGAUAAAAUGAAACUACGCAUAUUUUUUGGACACGAAUGUAAAAAACGUGAUGCGGGCAAUCUGUUAGAGAUGUGUAAAAUGGUUAUAUAUCGAAAUAAUAAAAACACAAAAAAUAUAGAUACUGCAGUAAAUAGUAAAAACGUAACUGAAAGUACUGAAGAUGUAAGUCAAAAUAAAGGAGAUAAAGCUAACAACAAUAUUACUGUAAGUGGUGAUAGUGCCAAUGAAGACAAUAUCGAUGACAAUGACGGCGAGAAUAAUGAUGAAAAGGAAAAAAUGCCAGCUAUCGGUGCUUCUGUACAAUCGGAAAUAGAUUAA